UCUUGGGGGCAGCGGUUGCCCCAUCACCAGGUCCAGGAGGCCAGGACUGUGUGCACGACUGGGAGUCUUUGAAGGCCCAAAGAGCAUGGAGAGUGGACAGAGAGUACCCCGGAAGGGCCGCAGGCUAGGCUCCAGCCGCCGGCGGCAGAUGCGAGAACCAGCUGACGGCCAGGAUGCCCCCGUGGCCCCAGAACCGGAGUCCUCGUCCUCCCUGGCAGCCGCUGAGCUGCAGCGUUUCUUCCAGGACUGCGGGGCCAAGGAGAGGGGCUUCGUCACCCGUGAGGACCUGGCGGUGGCCAAGUUCAGCUUCCUGGGGAGUGAGGAGGAGCUGGAAAUGAUCUUUGACUGGGUGGAUGUGGAGCAGAAGGGACGCCUCUCCCUGGAAGAAUUCAGCUCUGGGCUCAAGAACAUCUUUGGCUCCAGCCUGAGCACCCACAGGCUCCACAGAAAGAGGCCACUGUCCUCCAAGAGAGAAUCCGCAGCCGCCAGCUUCCCAGGGCUGGAGGAGGCCGACCCGGAGGAGAAGGAGGCAUUCUUUGCCUUUAUCCAGCAGCUGGGGGCAGGCCACUUACUUCCGGAGCAGAAGGAGCUCUGGCAGCUGUGGAGGAAGCUGCGGCAGGAGGAGCCCCAGCUGGCAGGCAACCUGGAGGGCUUUCUGGCCAGGAUGAGCAGCCGCCUGCAGGAGGCACGGGCUGACAAGGAGUUUCUGGAGCUGACCCUAAAGAAGCGGGACUCUGACCACCAUCGAGAGGUCCAGCAGCUCUAUGAGGAGAUGGAACAGCAGAUCCGCCGGGAGCAGCAGCAGCUGCAGGCUGAGAGUGACUCCCGGGGCCUGGCCUUCAGCUCUCAGAUGCAGGAGGUCUUGGAGGCCAAGGAGCGUGAAUUUCAACGGCUGACGGAAGGCCAGAGGGAGCUGGAGGCCCAGCUGAACCGCCUCAGCAGCACCCACCGGGAGGCCAGCUCAGAGAACCAGCAGCUGCGGGAGGCUGAGCGAGACCUUGUUGGACAGCUGGAGGAGGUGCAGGGACAGCUGCAGGUGGCCAGGGGCCAUUUGAGUGCCACCAGGGGCCAUGCGUGCUGGCUGAUGGAGGAGGAACCAAGACAAGGAGCUGCCACCCCUGGACUAAGUGUCCCCAGAACAGGAGACGAGAAGGCUCCAGAUGUCCAGGCAGUCUCCUCUGAAGAGGCUCCCUUGCCCAGGCUGUUUGGGGAGGAGGAUAACUGGGACCAGCUCCUCAAAGACUUCAACACCUCCUCACACAGAGCCUUGCAGCUCUCCUGGAGCCCGCCUCCAACCCCGAGGACGCCCUCAGGCCCCCAGACACCCCGAGUAGUCAGGCAGAUCUCCAUCUCAGAGCCACACACUUUGCUGCUUGGUCAGAAGGCACCUUCAGAUCAGGACAGUGCUCCAAGGAGCCCCACUGGGAUGCCCCCCAGGGCCGAGGAAGGCAAAGGAGUGGGCCUGGAUGGGCAGGAGAGCAGCCCAGGGCAACCUGUCCAGCCUCAGAGCCUGGAACCUAAGAAGGAGUCAGGGCCUGGCCCCGAGGCCCCCUCCCACUGGAGCUUCCCAGGGGCCCCAACUAGAGAGUCAGGGAGCCUGGUGGCGGCUGCCCUCAAAGUGCUUGUUCCUUUGGAGGAUGCACCCCCUCCCCAGGUGACCUCCCCCCAUCCCCAGGCCCCAGCUGGGUCCAGAGAACAGCUCCAGGCCUCACACCCAGAUGACAAGACCCCUGGGACUGAGCCUGUCCCAGACAAGUCGCCCAGGCAGAGCGAGGCCCUCUGUCAGGACCCGCAUGGCCCUGGAUCUGAGCCAGGACUGGGGUCACCAGGGGCCAGAGCCCUCAUGCCAGGGGUGUCUGGGCCCUCCCAGAAUCUGGAGCCUGGAGGUCAGCCUCCUGCAGAGGGACCAGAGUGGGCCCAGCUGGGCCCUGGCAUGCAGGAGGGGGCGCCAAGAGAAGCUCAUGGCCAGGCUCCUGGUCCAGAUGGGCUGCCUGCCCUUUCCCACAAGCAUCUAGAAGAAGAGCCCAAGGUGGAAGAAAGGAAACAAGUGGGCCAAGGAGGGCGAGACCUCCGUCCAGAGGAAUCAAGUGAGGCCCAUGGUCUGAAAGCUGGGCAUCCAGAACUCUCCGAGCAAGAUCAUGGGCCUACUCCUCUCGCGUAUGACAUAUCAUGGGCUGAGGCUGAAGCAGAAGCUCGUAGAACACAGCCACCUCCCCGGGACACUCCCCAGGAAGAGGCUCAGCCUGGGGGUGGAGCAGGACCCCAGGAGCACACGCAGAGCCCCCCAACCAUGGCUGAGCUGGAAACCCAACCCGUGACCUCACCUGCAAUUACUCGUGCAGAAGAACAAGGCUCCCUUCGGCCCACGCAGCCGACAGCGGAGAACGGGCCUCCAGACCCAGGAACUGACUCCAGGGAGGCUGUGCCGACCUCACCCCCAGGGUCUGCCAUUGGCAGUGAGCCUCCUGCCGACCCUGAUUACCUCUUCCAUGUCAUCUUCCUGGGAGACUCAAACGUGGGCAAAACAUCCUUCCUGCACCUGUUGCACCAGAACUCUUUUGCCACCGGGCUGACUGCCACCGUGGGAGUGGAUUUUCGGGUCAAAACUCUGCUGGUGGACAACAAAUGCUUCGUGCUGCAGCUCUGGGACACAGCUGGCCAGGAGAGAUACCACAGCAUGACUCGGCAGCUGCUCCGCAAGGCAGAUGGAGUGGUCCUCAUGUACGACAUCACCUCCCAGGAGAGCUUUGCCCACGUGCGCUACUGGCUGGAAUGUCUCCAGGAAUCAGGGCCCGACGGGGUGGUCAUCCUUCUCCUGGGAAACAAGAUGGAUUGUGAGGAGGAGCGGCAGGUGCCGAUCGAGGCCGGACAGCAACUAGCCCAGGAGCUGGGGGUCUUCUUUGGUGAGUGUAGCGCCGCCUUGGGUCACAACAUCCUGGAGCCCGUGGUGAACCUGGCCCGGUCACUCAAGAUGCAGGAAGACCGCCUGAAGGACUCCCUUGUGGAGGUGACCCCCAAAAGGCCAAAGAAGAGAGCUGGCUGUUGCUUCUGACCCUCCGGCCCAGCCAGGGGUGGGGGAGAUGGCCACCCCCGGCAUUUCCUGCUCCCCAGCUCCUGUCCCACCUUGCCUGGAUGCAGCAGUGACAGAGAUGGCCAGUUUGGAAGUUCAGGGAAUCCCCCCUCAGGUCAAGACUUGGAUCCCAGGGCAGGGGCUGCACUAACUCUGCCCUCUGCGCUCUGAAGAAGGAUUUGAGGGGGUGCUGGGUCAUGGCAGUAGUGCUUAAAACUCUCAAAAGAAUGGAAAAGUUGAGAAAAAUGAAUUAAGGCAAACACACCAUAUCAUUGGCCACACAUCUCUGUGGGGGGAUAUUAUAGGGUGAAUGUGUGGGGGUGUCAUUACCCUUCUGAUAUGUAUUUGUAUUUCUAGAUCUUCUGCAGUGCCUAGGUAUUCCUUAUAGAAUGCAAAAUAAAAAUAAACUUCAAGGGGAGGGAAAGAAUCUUCUCGAGGAGCUUGCUUUGGAGCUGAUUACUAAUUGCUACAACCUGUUAAGUACAAAACACUUUAUUAAAGCGGUCCCACU